AUGACUACUAUCAUUACUCCCGAAUCGCUUCAAAAGCUUUACAAGAGAGAGCAGAAGCAGUCCCUUCAAAAGGCUGCUCAGCUUGCUGCUGACGAGAAGGCUCUUGAGGCUAAGAACAAGGUCAUCUACGAGCGUGCUGCUGCUUACGAGAAGGAGUAUGAGGAGGCCAAGCGUGAGAUCAUUGAGAAGAAGCGUGCCGCCAGAGCUGACGGUUCCUUCUACCUUGCUGCUCAGCCCAAGCUUGUCUACGUUGUCAGAAUCAAGGGUAUCAACAAGAUUCCUCCUAAACCCCGCAAGGUUCUCCAACUUUUGAGACUUCUCCAGAUCAACAACGGUACCUUUGUUCGUGUCACCAAGGCCACCGAGGAGCUUCUCCGUCUCGUCGAGCCCUACGUUGCUUACGGUUACCCCAACCUUGCCACUGUUAGAAAGCUCGUCUACAAGCGUGGUUACGGCAAGCUCAACAACCAGCGCAUCAAGCUGGACAACUCUACCAUCGAGGCUGCUCUUGGUCAGUACGGCAUCAUCUCCAUUGAGGACCUUGUCCACGAGAUCUACACUGUUGGCCCCAACUUCAAGCAGGCUAACAACUUCCUCUGGCCUUUCCACCUUUCUAACCCCUCCGGUGGCUGGGGUGUCCCAAGAAAGUUCAUUCACUACAUUGAGGGUGGUGCUACUGGCAACCGCGAAGAGAACAUCAACGCUCUCGUUGAGGCCAUGAACUAA